GACUUCCCCAGCGCACAGCGCUCUCCACUGCUUUCAUCUAUCCUGAACCUCCGGACACGCCGAGAUGGGUAUCGUAGAGAAGAUCAAGGAGAUCGAAGAUGAGAUGGCGAGGACGCAGAAGAAUAAGGCCACGGAAUAUCACUUGGGUCUCCUCAAGGCAAAGCUCGCGCGAUACCGCGCGCAACUGCUGGAACCCGCAGCCAAGUCAAGCGGCGGUGGCACUGGAUUCGACGUACAGAAGUCCGGGGAUGCGCGAAUAGCGCUGAUCGGGUUCCCCUCCGUGGGCAAAUCUACUCUACUGUCCAAGACUACGCAUACCGCGUCCGAGACUGCGGCGUAUGAGUUCACUACCCUCACUGCAAUUCCCGGUGUCAUCGAGUACAAGGGCGCUCGUAUACAACUUCUCGAUCUUCCCGGUAUCGUCGAAGGAGCAGCGCAGGGUCGUGGUCGUGGGCGACAGGUCGUAUCGACUGCGAAGACGGCCGAUCUAAUCGUCAUGAUGCUUGACGCGACAAAGAGUGACGAGCAGAGAAGAUUACUGGAGAUUGAGCUCGACGCAGUAGGAAUCCGCUUGAACAAGCAGAAGCCGGAUGUCGUGUUCAAGAAGAAAAUGACUGGUGGCAUCACCUUCACUGCUACGGUCAAGCUGACGAAGACGGACGAGAAGACCAUCCGAACGAUCUUGGCAAGCUACAAGUUACACAACUGCGAUGUCAUGAUCAGGGAAGACAUCACAACAGACGAGUUCAUCGACGUCCUCAUAGGAAACCGCAAAUACGUGCCAUGCCUCUACGUCUACAAUAAGAUCGACUCUAUCAGCUUGGAGCAGGUAGACAAGAUAGCACGCGAGCCACAUACAGCGGUCAUCAGUUGCGAGAUGGACUUAAACUUGGACUACUUGAUCGAACGCAUGUGGGACGAUCUUGGCUUGGUCAAGAUCUACACGAAGAAGCGUGGAGCGCAUCCUGAUCUCGACGACCCCGUUUGUCUUCACAAGGGCUCUACUAUCGAGACGGUUUGUAACAGCAUUCAUAGGUCCCUCGUACCGAGCUUCAAGUACGCCUUAGUAUGGGGCAAGUCCAGCAAGUUCAACCCGCACGCGCAGAAGGUCAGCCUGAACCACGUUGUACAAGACGAAGACGUUGUAACAAUAUUCACGAAAUGAAAGCCGGCUCUCUCGUAUUGCGCGUAGUCAGCAAUGUAUGUACCACUUACUGUAGCAAUGCCAACAAGGUUCUUUGGGGAACAGACUGCGUCAGACCUAAUCGGACGAGAACUACAAUUACUAUACAUUGACUUGGAAGUUCGCCAGCGAGUCGAUAGAGAGCGAGAUUUCGCCUGACAGCAAUUCGACCAACUCGAACUCGCCACACCUGAGCGCAGGAGAGCGCCCGCGUCCCCCAAUGGCGAGAUAGGCGGUCACCG